AAUCAAAAUUAACAAAAACCAAAUCUUUCUAAUUUCUGGGGAAAAGGAUCGACAAGUACCCAAUUCCCCAGAAAUCUUCAUCAUCAUCUUCACCAAAACGCUAUAAGUUUAUACUUAUGGUUCUUCACAUUCCCUAAUUUCCCCAAUUUUAUUUCGGAAAACAAAAAUGGCCCAUUUGUGCAGAAAAUUGUUGCGUUUGAAGCUCAAAAGAACAAUCAUCUGGCGUGUAGCUGUUCUCCGGCGAUGUGCUGGAUCUCUUUGGGACCAAGUUCUUGCUUGUUGGAUCGGAAAACCCAUUCAAUACCGUCAAAUACUCGAAUCCGGCCCUACCGCCACCGUCUGCCACCACUUCCCUUCCGGUGAAAUGGGUUCUUCUUGCGGUGAUGGUAUUGUUUCCGGUGAAAUGAGAACCGUCUCCGCCGUUGGUGAUCGUAAUAAAGACGCUUCUGAUUUGGUUGCUUUGAAGAUUACUCUUUUGGGAGAUAACCUUAUCGGCAAAACAAGCUUCUUGGCUAAGUACAUCGGAAAAGAGAAAAAACACGACGAUUUUCCGGCGACUGAAGUGAAGCAGAUGGAUAAAACUCUAUCUGUUAGAGGUGCAAGAAUUUCUUACAGUAUUUGGGAAGUUGGUGGCGAUGCAUUUUCUGCAGACGACUGCGGUUCCACGGCGGCAAUUCGUGUGGCCUGUAAAGAUUCUGUAGCUAUCUUGUUCAUGUUUGAUCUAACCAGCCGAUGUACAUUGAAUAGUGUGAUCGGUUGGUAUCAACAAGCAAGAAAAUAUAACCAGACGGCGAUUCCGGUGAUGGUGGGUAGCAAGUUUGACGAUUUCAUUGAACUUCCGAUUGAUUUGCAAUGGACGAUCUCAAGCGAGGCAAGAGCAUACGCAAAGGCCAUAAACGCGACUUUGUUCUUUUCAAGUGCGUCGUACAACAUAAAUGUGAACAAAAUAUUCAAAUUUGUGACGGCAAAGCUCUUCAAUUUGCCGUGGAAUUUGGAGCGCAAUCUCAAAGUCGGGGAACCUAUUAUUGACUUUUAGUGUCGUUUUUGGUAAGUUGAUGCUUCUUAUGAUCGUAAAAAUGUUAUUAUAGAUGGUAAGAAGUUUGGGUUGAUAAAAAAUCCGACAAACCCUAGAUAGUUCGAAACUUUUAGAUUUGUUGGUUUUGAUUUUUUUUUUCGACUAUCGGUUUCGAUUGUACUGACGAGUAUGGUGGUGGCUUUGCAAGUCACCCUGCUUUUCUUUUUCAAUUGCGAAAAAUGGUUUUAGAACGC